AUGGAAUACAGCGCACAAUUCACCUUUCGAGAAGAAUGGCAUGAUGGACGACUGGCGUACGGACGUUUGGCAGACGAGAAUACGCAAGUACCACCAUUUUUGGUACUUGCAGCCAGUGAACAGGCUGAUUUAACACGGCAAAUUUGGAUGCCAGAUACUUUCUUUCAAAAUGAAAAAGAAGCAAGGCGACAUCUUAUUGACAAGCCUAACGUGCUUAUUAGAAUACAUCCAGAUGGACAAAUAUUAUACAGCGUUAGACUUUCAUUAGUGUUGUCAUGUCCGAUGUCAUUGGAGUACUAUCCGCUAGAUCGACAAACAUGUCUCAUUGAUCUUGCUAGUU